AUGCCCUCCCUUCCCUCGGUUGAAGGUGUCCGCUUGGCCACGGUUGAGGAUCUUCAUCGCAUUGCCAUUGUUGCUGCUUCUGCUUUCUUUUGGUCACCCACCUUCCAGUUCCAGCGUCCCAGAUAUAGAGACUUCCCAGCAGACACGGUGGCUUCCUAUCUGUUCGAAUAUGAAGCCGCAAUCCAUGAUCCAACAUGCGCCGUAUUGGUCGCCGAAGACAAGGUGGAAAGAAACGAGGCCGACUAUGUCUAUGAAGCGCUUCAGGGCACCUAUCAAGCGGAAGACCAGAGUGGAAGAGCUAUUGUAGGCGUGUGCAGCAUCAUCUUGAAGCCAGACUCGAUCUUCCUGGGCCAUUUUCAACCCAGGAGUGGAAUCACUGCCAAUCUGGCAGCACAGUCAGACUCAUCGACUGAUGGAUCCAGAUGCAGGCCGACUGCUGACCGCAAGAGGGACCAGUGUGCUCUCUCUGUGGAAUUGUAUAACAGAGCUACUCAGCCUGCAAAGUCCCGAUAUCUCAACGGCAAGAUGCGCCUCUCCACUCUGGCUGUCGCGCCAGCCUACUGGCGACGGGGUCAUGCAACAAGACUCGUCGAUUUCUAUACGCAACUAGCAGACUCGGAUGCUGCAAUACUGGGAGUGUCAGCAACACCUCGCGGCGCUCUUGUAACAGAGCGAGCUGGCUUUUCCAGGUGUGAACUCGUCCACGUCAAGCGGCCACCCGCUCCAGGCAGGCUGCAAUGCGAGGAUUCCCCCCCAGACAUGGCAGGCUGGGAAGCUCACGCUGCUCAAGACGUCGAGCUCUGGUCCGUCACCGCCCAUGAACAGAACUCCAUGUCAGCUACUUACCACACCCCUUUUCAGGAUCGGACUGCGGCUGCCCUCCAGCAGUAG